AUGGAGACUUGCCGUGCUAAAGAGGUCAUGGUAACUGGUUCCCAAGGCCUCCCGCCAUCUAAUAAGUAUAUAACGCGUCUUGUGCGAAGCAGUCUCAUCAGUUUUUCAAUCUUCGCCUUUACCAUCGACGUCGUCAAGCUCCAAUCAGAUCCAAAUAUAACUCCCGAGACUAAACUCUGCAAGAUGAAGCCAGUUCUUUCGGCUCUUGCUGUUGCCUUCGCAGGCACUCUCGCAAGCGCAGAAUAUACAUUCGAUAUCCCCAAGGACGCUGUCUGGGUCACUAGCUGGGACGAAUUCCGUGCCGAAGCGCCCAAAUUUGACCAAUACCUCGAUGAGAAAUACGGGGGAUUUGUUCUUGAGGUGGACAACAAGAUUGUUCUCGCAACCGACGAGCAAAUGACCAAAAGCCUUCAUGACUUUUUCAGCAAGAUGGAGGCGAAGGAUGGUGCUGAGGGUAGUCCUCAGAUGAAUACGUUACAGUAA